AUGUCUUUAAGUAGCAACACAAGUGGAGAGUUUCGGCCUCCCAGCAUCGAUCAGUUUUGGCAGCUGUACAGCUUCAGUGAAAGUGGCCUCAUUGAAAAAGGUGGUCACGGGUCGGUCUUCAGUGGUGUCCGACUGGCCGACAAAACUCCCGUAGCCGUCAAGGUGAUCCACAGCGGGAAAGUGCCACACUGGGAUAUGGUCGCCGACCGGUGGCUCAUUCCUCGAGAGGUGGCCUGCCUGGAGAAGGUGGCCAACGUUGAGGGCGUCAUCCGCCUGCUCGACUGGUUCUGCAUAGGCACUGGUCCGGAGUUUGUGAUUGUCAUGGAGCGACCGAACAAUGCCGAGGACUUGUUGGAGUUCUACAACCGCCGCCCGGGAAAAUUUGAUGAAAGUCUGGCGCGAAACCUGUUCAGUCAGCUGGUGAAGGCGGUGCAGGGCUGUCACCAGACUGGCGUCCUCCACUGCGACAUCAAGGAGGAGGACAUUCUCAUCAACCGAGAGACAAAGUCCUUGAAGUUAAUCGACUUUGGCCUUGCUGACUACCUGGUCCCGGGGAAGAUAAACAACAACUUUGUGGGCACAACCACCUGUGCACCACCCGAAUGGUUCACAACACAUCAGUACGAUGGAGUGAAGGCGGAGAUUUGGGCCAUUGGCGUGCUCUUCUUCCGUCUGAUCACCGGCAAUGAUCAUCCGUUUAAGAGUUUUGAAAAAGUUUUUAGUGGCGAACUGGACCUAGGUAAUGCACAGUUGCCGCCUCAGUUUGAGGACCUGAUUCGCAAGUGCCUGGCGCCUAAUCCUCAUGAUCGCAUUUCUCUGGAGAACAUGCUUUGUCAUCCUUGGGCUAAUCCCAGCUCAGAGGAGAACACUGAAAGCAGUAAUAACCAACAAAACUGA